GAAAAAUGGUACUGUCUAUAUGAACCGCCCUUUCUUAUUUGAGUUGUUGAAGAGGUUUUAACUGCAACAUGGUUAUCCAGUUUUGUGCUUUACAUUAUUUUUAGUUUUAUAUGACUUGUAUGAUAGAAUGAAUUGUUGCUUUAGAGUGACGUCACGGUCGUUGUUUGGAAUGACGGGACCUAGCAGUGGACAGAAGGCCGCGCGCACAGACGGAGCUGAUUAGCUACCAGUGUAUUUCUAAGGAUCAAGGUCGUCGAUUACUGUGUAUUACAGGACUGUCCUCUCCCAUCCCCCUUACCCCUUUUGUGAGACAGAGCAUGGCUCAGGAGACCAAUCAGACGCAGGUGCCAAUGCUUUGCGCUAUGGGCUGUGGUUUCUAUGGUAAUCCUCGCACCAAUGGCAUGUGCUCGGUCUGCUACAAGGAACACCUGCAGAGGCAACAGGGAGGAGGGCGUUCCAGCCCUCCAGGUGAAAAAGCCUCUACGUCGCCGGUGGGGUCCCCGGGAGCUUCAAGUGUGUCUGUGGAGAACAUUCCGGCUCCCGCCACAGAAGGGGCUGUUCAGCCUGAAGAAAGGACGUCUAGUUCACCCAGCCCAGUAACCCAACAGAUGACAGCCAUGAGCAUCUCCCAGGACACUGCUGCUACCGAUUCGGACCGGGCCGACGUGGAUGAGGAAGAGGAGGAGAGCUCAUCUAAAUCGUCAGGACCUGUUGGAGAAUCAGCACAGGCCUCCUCUGACGGAGACCAGACACCCGACAAAAACAAGAAGAAGAACCGUUGCUUUACCUGCCGGAAAAAAGUUGGCCUCACAGGCUUUGACUGUCGCUGUGGCAACCUGUUCUGUGCCAUCCACCGCUACUCUGACAAACACGACUGUCCCUACGACUACCGAGGUGCCGCGGCCGCCCGCAUCCGCAAGGAGAACCCCAUCGUGGUGGCCGAGAAGAUCCAGAAGUUAUGAGGACUGCGAACGAUGAAAAAGAUCGAAAUGAAAACAAACGUUUGACCUGCUAGUUUGGAACAAUGGCGGCACAGAUAAUACCUGAUAAAAUGGCUUCAUUUAUUCAUGGUAGGAUAAGGUGGGUGGGCUUUGCAGUGUUAUGGCCCUAGUCCAGCCGUUCCCUUCACCAGUCUCUCCCUUUCUCUCCUGGAGUGGACGUGUGAAUGAGUGACUGACCAUUUUGUGUGUGUGUGUGUGUGUGUGUGUGUGUGUGUGUGUGUGUGUGUGUGUGUGUGUGUGUGUGUUUGUUUUUGCUUGAGAGUCAGGGAGAGUACAGUCGGGUUUGGUGGACAGUAGUCUGCUUCGGGGAGGGAAGACAUUUAGAUUUUACCCUUUUUCCUUUUUUUUUGCCAGUUGGUUUUCAUGUUAUCCCUCGGCAGUAGUUAUAAGAGACUGGGAUAAGCGAUCCAGGCAUGGACAAAGACUUGGGAGUUGGGAUUGGGAAAAAUCCACGCUAUGGGGAUGUGACAGGCCUGCGGGAGCUUGCUAUGAUAGAGCCAGGCUUUACUACGAUGCUUGCAUACGCAAGAACUCUCAAACAAGAAGCCUAUAUCCAGCCACUGUCACAUCAGCCCCUUCCCCCUUCUCUCCUUUUUUUCUAUUUCUUUUCUUUUUUGUUUAUCUAGUGAAUUAUUCAUUACCAUGUCAGAUAUCCCCAGCCUGUGCAUUUACAGAAACUGUUUGUCUUUGAUAUAUUGACUUAUCAUACAUCAUACUAAUGUGGGGUGCAUGGACAGUUAUCGGAGGGAGGGAGUGGGGUUUGGUGUGUUGAGAGAGAAAGAGAGAGAGAGCGAGCUUUGACAUAAAUGAGUGAGUGAGUUCAGUUUUUUUUUCUCCCCCCUCCCUUUCUGUUUUAAUGAGCGUAUGACUUCAGAAGAUCUAUAUUAAUAUAUUGUAGUUAGCUUGAAUUGUGUGAUUGCAUUCUAUUUAUUUUUUUAUUAUCAUUUGGCUGGUUCUGGAGGAUUGGCAGGAUGUGUCAGGAAAAAAGAAAAGAUUUGUUCUUAGUCUUUUGAUUAUAUUCAACCAUUUUCAUCUGAUUAUGUAACCAUUUGACGAAAUAUAUGUAUACAAAUUCUACUAUGUGAUUAUGAAUAGGGUCCUGUUAAUAUCUUCAACCAACAUAAGGAGCCUGGGCAGAAGUAGACACUAUAUCCCGGAUCAAAGCACAACAUAAUAUAAAAUGUUUCAGUCUAUGAGCACAACAGCAGUAUAAAAAGUGCAAAAAUUGAAGCAUUCAGUCCCAAACCCGAUCUUACACUUAUGGAGGAACUAGCAGGCUGUUGCUUGUGGCAGUGGAUAUGUAGCCUGCAAUGGAUGCAUUGCGGUGCACCUGUUUAACCGUUACCUGCAGAAUCAUGGAACUAAGGGACAACUACAGCAUCUUUAAUCCUUCAUGUUUGAUUUUCACCAGCAGACCAAUGAAUGAUAACCGACAAUUUGUCCUGAGUGUGAUUCUGCUUCCGUUCUAGCCAUGAAUCUGUAUGUAUCUCAACAUGUCAACAGUUGUACUGUACUCUAUGCUUUAACAAAGUCCUCAAGGAAGAUGCAUCCACUUCCAGGUAGUGUAAAGAGGAAGAAAAAAAAAAAAAAAACGUAGAGUUGCAUGCCCAUGCAGACUCGGCUGUGUUUGUUUCUGCUAACCCUGAUUGCAGCUGAAGCUGGACUGAAUCUGGCCACCUUGGAAGGACUCCCUUACUUGAGUGUGCGCCAUUAGAAACAAGCAAGAAUGUAAAAGAUUUGCAUACUGCAUUCAUUCAAGUGCAUGGAGCCGACUCGCAGAACUACAGGCCAAAAUUAAUGACACUGCUAUGCUCUCCGAUGUAAAUACCAUCUGGCUACUAUUCAUUUAGUUUACAGUAUCCUAACGUAGAAUGUUAUAUGGUAAUAUUGGGGGUGGGGUCAAUGAGAUUGGGAAAUGAGAACAUUAAUGUAUGUAUGUGUGUGUGUGUGUGUGUGUAUGUGUAUAGUGUUUGUCAAAUUACCCAUAAGAGCGGAGAGAAGUACAGUGGUGUCCCCAUUUCUAUAUAUUUCUUUCCUCCCAGGUUAUGACUGUGUCCUGUUUCCAGAGGGUGGGUUUCUUUCUUUUCAAAGGGCUGGGAUGUGGGUUAGAAGUGGGUGGGUGUUUGUUUUUAACAUUGUCUUGCCAGGUUUGUCCCCUGUGAUUUCAGAUGUGCACAUUUUCAGUGACUCAUCCAUCAAGACCCAUCUCAAACUAACAACAUUCAUUCUGCUCCAGAAGGGUUUGCCAGAAUUGGCUGAUCAGUGCUAUUGGUCAGAGAACAUAUUUAAAAGAAAAAAAUUGCCAGAGAAGCGAAGGACAUGACCUCAGUCUUUAUUUUCUGAUACUUGUCAAGAUAUUUUGUGUGGCAGGACAUUUACCUCAGACAGGGCAACCAAUUUGCUCGGAUCGUGGAUGCAGAACGGACAAAGAAAGAAAGAAUGAACCAUAAUAAUGUCGUUUCGUUUGAUGGUUUGAGGUCCAUCCGACGUGGUCUGAACCAAAUGACCUUUUAUGGAAACAGGAACGAGCAAGGACUUAAUUUAGACUGAUCUUUGAUUGGGGUGUUAUCCUCAGUUGCGUUGCCAGCUAAAGAAAGACUUAGUGCGAAGACUAAGUGGCUCAGUGACUUGGCAUGGAGGGAGUGAGGUUGCCUGCGCCUGUUUCAGGCAAAGACUGUGGACUGUGCGAAGACAAGGGAUCAGACCCCCCCAACCUUCAUAUCAACGUAGACUCCUCUAGGUAGCAGGUCAAGGAGAGUGUGAAGGACGGCAAAUAACUCUCACUGCUGUUGCUCACUCCUCUCUUAGCUUUAAAGAGGCAUAAAUCCUGAUCCAAUAAUCUGUUUCUGUCCAGAAAAGUAUAUGAUGUGCUUUCAGUGUUGAGGCGAAGUGACUCUGGAUUUGAAAUGCUUGGCUGAACCGUGUGGUAGGCAGUGUGUCAGCCUGUGUUUUGGUUGGUAUUAUUCAAACGGGGACAAAUGUCUUUGAUGUCAUGCGUGUUGCCCCUCUUUGGGCUACGCCUCCUUGGGAAAGAGUUGCACAGGAAUAAUGUGAAUGUAGCCACUGGGGCUGUCAGGAUCCAUGCUAACUGUGCUGUCCUUAGCUGUGGAAUUGACCGUGUCGAGGCCCUGUGGUAGGCGGGCGAGUGGGCAAACAGCCACUAUCCUUAGCUUUUCAUGCGGCCUUCUGUUCUUCUUCUGUCAGCCUAAUUACAUGAUUUGCCCGUCUCAUCUGAUAGCCACCCUCUGCCAGGCAGUCUUUUUAAAAAUCUGGAAGUCCAACCAUCCAUUUUGCACUCAUACCUCUACUACCUUAGAUACCACCAGAGUCCAAGUGCUGCGGAAGCCAUUAUAAGCAACCUUUUGGCUUAACGGGAUCAAACAGUACCCAUACCAAGAGACAUUUCAGUCUUGCUUUCUCUCCUCUGUACAUCAAAACAAUUAAUGACCGUUUGAGUUCAGUGACCUGUCCAGCAGAGAAUAUCAAAAGGCCCAGAGCAACCAGUUCCUUUGACACACCAGUCUCCAGAGACACCUCCAGUUAUAUAUAUUUUUUUCUUUUCAAACUUAGGAUUGUAUGAUGUGCAAGAAUAAGCAUAAAACAAUAAAAUCACAAAGUUUAUUUUAAAUUUA